CCUAAUAUUAUAUGUCGACGACAUAUUGUUAAUGGGUAACGAUAUUCCCGCUCUCACUUCUGUAAAGACGUGGUUGAGCGAGAACUUCUCCAUGAAAGACUUAGGGGAUGCUAGUUAUGUCCUUGGCAUAAGAAUCUACCGAGAUAGAUCAAGAAAGUUAAUAGGUCUGAAUCAAAGUACAUAUAUAGAUAAAAUCCUUGAUCGAUUUAGCAUGUCUAACUCAAAGAAAGGAUCUUUACCUAUGACACCUGGCACGGUUCUUUCCAAGAACCAGAGUCCUUCUACUCCUGAGCUGAAGGAACUCAUGAUGAAGAAAAUAUCUAUAAUAUUUUCUAAAUAAUAUUGGAAAUAUUUUCUAUAGAAAUAUACAAGAUUAUUAUUAUCCCAAAUUUUAAUCUUUAUAUUUUAUACUACUAUAAUCUUUACUAGCAUAAAGAUUGUGGUAGACUCCGGCGUUGUUCGUGUGUCAAAGUUGGAGACCGGACGCUUGAACGGUUACGUUUGCACUUUCAACGCUCUUCCUACGACUUCUUCGUUUUUACAGCUUACGGAGAAAGGAAAGGUAUUUUUCCUUUGGGUUGAAGUAUUGGAGUGCGGUAUCUCCGAGCAAGUGUAUUGAGGCUCGUGGGACUCGAGUUCUCAGGUUGUAACGGUUUGUUAAGCACCCGUAAGCUUAACGGAAGUAGUGUAGCUCGAGAGAGUCUCUCGGGAGGCUGGAUUAGCCACAAGUUGUGGUGAACCAGGGUAAAUCUUGGUGUGCUCCCUUUACGCUUUCUACGCUCUUUAUCUUUCACGCUCUUAAUUUUUUAUUACUGCGAUUUCNUUGGAGUGCGGUAUCUCCGAGCAAGUGUAUUGAGGCUCGUGGGACUCGAGUUCUCAGGUUGUAACGGUUUGUUAAGCACCCGUAAGCUUAACGGAAGUAGUGUAGCUCGAGAGAGUCUCUCGGGAGGCUGGAUUAGCCACAAGUUGUGGUGAACCAGGGUAAAUCUUGGUGUGCUCCCUUUACGCUUUCUACGCUCUUUAUCUUUCACGCUCUUAAUUUUUUAUUACUGCGAUUUCUACGAUCAAACGCGAUUCAUCCCCCCCCCUCUAGCGUUGGUCAUUUAUUCUAACAAUUGGUAUCGGAGCCUAACUCGCGUCCAAACUUAACCGUUUGAGAGUAAAGCGAUCAUGGGUUCUUCUAGAAAUCUCUAUGCAGGAAUUGGAGAAGGUCAAUCAACUUCUAGGCCACCACUCUUUGAUGGCACCAACUAUUCCUAUUGGAAGGAACAGAUGAGAAUCUAUAUCCGUUCCACCAACUUGUAAUUAUGGUUGGUCAUCAAAAACGGAGAGGAAAUCCCGAUGAGGAAAGUUGACGACACGUUGAUCCCCAAGACCGAAGAUGAGUUUGAUGCCGAGGACAUCAAGAAGAUUGAGAAUUAUGCAAAGGCCAUCAAUAUGCUAUAUUGUGCGGUAAAUCCUAAUGACUACCACAAAAUCUCUUGCUGCUCAACCGCCAAGGAGAUGUGGGAUAAACUUGAGGUGACGUACGAAGGAACGGACCAAGUACGUGAAGCCAAGAUCGACUUCCUCACCCAAGAGGAUCUUGUCCGAAAGAUCCUACGGAACUUGACAUCCGAAUGGCGAUCUAAGGUCGAUGCCAUCUAUGAGUCAAUCGGCACAUCAAAUGUCACGAUCAACGGUUUAAGAGGUAACUUAAAAAUGUAUGAAUCUACUAUACUUAACCCGUCCUUGAAUGACCAGAGAAAAGGCAUGGCACUAAAAGCCUCCAAAGAACCGACAAUGAAUGACUCAAGCAAUGAUGAUGAAGUCAAGCUUGUCAUGAAGAAGUUUUGCAAACUUCUAAGAAAUAAAGAAAAGGUUGAGGAUGGCCCUGUGUGCUAUGGAUGUGGUGAAGCCGGGCACAUCAAGAACAAAUGCCCGUGAAACGGAAGGAACACUCUCCGUUUCAAAAAGCACAGAGCAUACAUCUCUUGGGGUGGCGACUCCAGCGACGAGUCAACUGACCAAGACGAGGAUGAAACUGCCAACCUCUGUCUCAUGGCACACGAAGACCAAACCGACAAUGAACAAGAGGUAUGUAC